GCGAGAAAAUCAUCAAAUAAAUAAAGCAUGCACGCUCUGGUGAACGCCUUCUUGCGUUGCCUCUCCUUCCUACUUCCCCCCUCCUGGCUUUGUGUCAGCCUGUGCUCGUGGGCCAGUGAGUGCGAAGAGACGCCGACACGGCCCAAUCCCAGAGCUCGCUUCCGAGCUACAAAGCCGCUUACAUAUGAGGAAGUAGCUGCAGUAGCCGCGGCGGUACACGGUGGUGGUGGUGCUACGGCUGCCGCCUCCUCCUCCUCCCCUUCCAGUCAGUCGGCCUCUCCCGCUUCAGGCUGCGUCUCGCCGGCUCCGCAGGCCGCUCCGAUCCGGAUCGAGGUCGCGCGGCAAGCCGUGGAGCGCGUCUGGGGAGCUUCGCGCCAGAGUAGCCGUCGAGCGGCGUCGCCUCCCGCCCGCCGCCUACUCGACUCUUCCGCCACCGACUCCGGGGAGAAGAUGAGCGCGGCGGCGAGCCCGUGUUCCCCGGACUCGUCCGAGGAGGUCAUCACGGUGGACCACCGGCUUUCCCAGGAGAUGGGCACGGUUACCAUUACGGUGGCUAUCCAGGCGGCCGAGGACGAAGAGCCGGAGGAAUUCUCUCCCGGGAACGUCGACUUUAUCGGCGGCAGCUGCAGCGAGGAUGAAUUCGGCAGGCAUGACAAGUCGAGUGGUGCCGGUACCAGCGGCGGGGAGCUGGAGGAGGAGAGCUGGCAGCCCCCCGAUCCGGAACUCAUUCAAAAGCUGGUGACUCAGAUCGAAUACUACCUGUCUGAUGAAAACCUGGAGCACGACGCCUUCCUGCUCAAGCACGUGCGGCGCAACAAACUGGGCUUUGUCAGCGUCAAGCUUCUGACCUCCUUCAAAAAAGUGAAGCACUUGACCCGCGAUUGGAGAACAACCGCUUUCGCUCUGAGGCAAUCCAAGCUACUGGAGCUCAACGACGAGGGCCGGAAGGUGCGGCGCAAGUCUGCCGUGCCCGUCUUUGCCAGCGAGUCGCUCCCCAGCCGCAUGCUGCUGCUGAGCGAGCUGCAACGCUGGCCCGAGCUCGCCCGGCUCACCGAGAAUGGAAGCGGGGGAGGCGAGAGCGGCGCCGCUCAGCAGGAGCAGCUGAUGAAGCUGCUGCUCAAAGCCUUCGGAACAUACGGCGCCAUCGCUUCGGUCCGCGUCCUCAAGCCCGGCAAGGACCUUCCGGCCGACCUGAAGAGGCUGAGCGGUCGUUACACUCAGUUGGGCACCGAGGAGUGCGCCAUCGUGGAAUUCGAGGAGGUGGAGGCGGCCGUUAAAGCCAACGAGACGGUGGGCUGCGAGGACGCCGCGAGCGGCUCGCCGGGCCUCAAAGUAGUCCUGAUCGGCACCAAACCCCCUAAAAAGAAAGUCCAAAAGGAGCGACCCGGUGAGGAAGCGCCCCCAACGGGGAUGCGGAAGAGUCGCUCGCUUAACAGCCGAGUCCGAGAGCUCCAAUACCACGCAGACGACUCGGCUUGCAGCUCCUCGGACACGGAGAGCACGCCCACUUCGCCCAGGCCGGCCCGCAAGUCUCAGUCCUGCAACAAGCUCAGCCCGACGGCAGCGGGUGUAGCCUUUCAGAACAAUCACCUGUCACCCCGCAACAGUCCGUGGUCCAGCCCCCGCGCCAGUCCUUGCGCUCAACGCAAAACCCCCCACUCCCACAAAUCGCCGUUAGCCGCCCAGGGCCGGCUGAGCCCCGAACACGGGCGGCGCUGGGCCGACUACUCGUCCGACAGCAGCCUGACGCCGUCGGGCAGCCCGUGGGUACAGAGGCGCAAGCAGGUGGCCUCGCAGGAGAGCAGCCCGGUGGGGAGCCCCAUGCUGGGCCGCAAGAUCCAGAACGCGGACGGCUUACCCCCGGGCGUCACCAGGCUACCGCGGGGACCCGACGGAACUCGCGGGUUCCACUGCGGCGCGCUGGCCGAGAGGGGCAAAAGUGCCGCCACCCAGACUUGA